AUGCCACUCAAGCCAUUCGAGACUCUAGCUCAGGAGGAGGAUAACUCCGGCUCUGAAACAGUAGCCGAUACUCGUAUCAACUACGACGAUGCCAUACAAUACUGGAGCUCUGUUCCUGCCUCGGUGAAUGGGGUUUUGGGCGGUUUUGGUGAACAGACCCCGGUGCCAAAGGCUGAUAUAAUUGGGUCUUCGACGUUUUUAAGAAAGCUUCUGAGCCGAAUGCCAUGUCCAGAGGGCCAGCAGAAGUUGACUAUAGACAUGGGAGCGGGAAUUGGACGCAUAACGCGUGAUUUACUCUGGAAAGUCAGCGACAAAUGUGAUCUUCUCGAACCAGUAAAACCGUUUGUGGAACAAAUGCGCCUAGAAUUGGUACCCGUUGCACAGAAAGGCAAGUUGGGAGAUAUAUAUGACAUUGGUAUGCAAGAGUGGACUUGUGACGAAGGAAAAAAGGGAAAAUAUUGGCUCGUAUGGUGUCAGUGGUGUGUCGGACAGCUUCCUGAUAAAGAACUUGUUGAGUUCUGGCGCCGGUGCGGUGAAGCAUUGAUGGAAAAUGGUACUAUGAUUGUCAAAGAAAAUAUUGCCCCAGUCGAUGACAUAUUUGAUGAGACUGACUCAUCGGUUACUCGUACUGAUAAAAAAUUCAGAGAAUUAUUCAUUGCUGCUGGGUUCAAGCUUAUUGGCAGCGAUGUACAAAAGGGCUUACCAAGGGAAUUGUACCCUGUAAGAAUGUACUGUUUGAAACUAGCCUAA